AUGACGGUGUUCAGUCGUUUCCUGGAGGCGGCUGGAUUCACCACUGUAUAUACUCCUUGUCAUCAACUGACCCACCCCUGGAAUGAGUCUUGUAUUGGCGCCAUGGCUGAUGUGGUACCUCGAAGUUUGAUUUAUUCGCUAAAAACAUAUCUGACUUUCUACACCUUGGCUUAUGGGCUAAGAUGGGCGAGAGGGAGAAAGAUCAAAAUCGAUCAACUCAUCAAGGAUACCCUGAGAUCGAUGGCCUUUCUGACCAGCAAUAUGUGCCUUUUCCUCUAUGUCUCAUGUCUGCUACGGUAAGGGAAUCAUUUUAAUUUGAUGUUUUAAAUUUUAGCCAGUUCUUCGGGUGCUAUUUUUGGUCAUCGUUUUAUAUCGCCGGGGUUAUUGGCGCAUACUUGUCGAUUAUCCAGGAAUCGAAGAAAAGAAGGCCGGUUUUGGCGUUGUAUUUGACUAAUUUGGUAAGUGCAAAAUUUAGAGAAAGAGGGAUUUCAGACCACUCCGCUGAGUUUAUAAAAUACGUAAGCGACAAAACAAUUUUUUUAAAAAGUCGUCUCAAGUGGCCCCUUGCUUACAGUUUUCAUUCUCACAGAAGACAAAAUUUCAAUCGAUUUAGGAAGAAUCUUAUAAAAUCGGCUCUCGUUAGCUCUUUUUGAGGUGAGAAAAAAAUUUUCGACGCAAUGGUUUUAUGCGGAAAAAAGCCGAGCGCUCAGAAAGGGAACAAAAAUUUUCCCUCUCUCUUUUUCGAAAAAAUAUUUUUUUUGGCUUUUUUUAGUCGUCCAAUCUUUUUAUUCAAAACUUGCGCCAUUUUGAAAAUUUUUCCACAAAGCUAAAUUUUUUUAAUUGCAGAAUUCAAAGAUCUCUCGUUUUCAGGCCUCAGAAUCUCUCUUCUACCAGCUCCGAAACCGUGGAUACGUCUCCAACAUUCCCCAUGGCGUUCCCUUGCUGUUUGUUAUUGGACUUGGUCUCCUAUUCUAUUUCAAGGCCUAUGGCAUCAAAUCUGAUAUGCAUGGAAUCCUCAGCUUUACCCAUUCUCUAGAGAACGACGAGAAGAUUAAAAUAUUGAACAGACUUCCGGACGGAAUCCAGAAUGUGAUCAGGAGGAUACGAGAGAAAUAUUCGAAGUCACGUGAAUGUCAUCAUCAACAUAGCUGUGUUUCGAAUAUUUUAGAGGUAUGAGAAAAAUAAUUUUUUUCUUUGAAGUUUAGAUGAUUUGACAAAAUUUUUUGGACUUGGUAAAAUACGUUGAUCAAAAUCAUUUUUUGAUUUAUCAGUUACAGAGAAACGUCUGCACAAAAAACUACCGCAAAAUUUUACUUUUUAAAUAAAUUUAUUGUCAAAACAAUUUCUUUAAUUUUCAGUCAUCACUGGCCAAUUUCAAUAAAGGUCUGGCCGUCUCUGUCGUUUUGACAGCGCUGAGAUCACUGUCCUCUCCAAGAAACUUCUUCAAAAAUCUCUUGUCGACUAAAACUUUAGCAAUUCCAACGUUUUCUGCGCUGCUUCCCGGAAUUUAUCAUGUAAGUGUCACUCUAAAAAUUUUUUGAAAAUAGUUGAAGUUCUACAAAAAUAUAAUAAUUUUUCAGACAGUAAACUGCGGAUUAAACCGAUACAGCCGUCUUUCGCCUAAAUCAAUAAUGACAAUAGCCGGAGCGUCUUCUGGAGCGGCAAUGCUCGCAUGGCCAAACCUAACAAUUGCUAUGUACAUUUUGUGGAAAGCCAUUGAAGUAGGCUUUAUUUUCAAUUUUAUAUCGCAGACUGCGAGCAACGUAAUUUAAAAUUUUUACGUUUUUAAGAACAUCUAUGACCACUUGGCGGAUAAAGGAUAUUUGCCGAGAUUCAAGAACGGUGAUGUUCUACUAUACUCGAUAGUAACCGGAUACAUUGUGGGUAAUUGCGUUGUAGAACCGCACGCUCUCCGGCCCGGCUAUUACUUUGGAUUUAUUCGAGGACUCACUCUUAAUCAGUAAGUUUCAUUAUUCUCAUAUAUCAGUUGUAUAAGAGGCAUAUUUUGCAAUAGAACUUUGAUUAUUCCUCUGUAAUUAUUUCAGUAUUGACUACCUAAAUCGUCAACAUCUCCGACCGUUUGGAUUCGACUCCGACCGCAUAUAUCGGCAGUCAAAUGAAGUUGUCAAAAUAAUGGCUAAACCAAAAUAA